AUGGAUCGACAAAUUCCUACGAAUGGUGCUGUUGUACCUGGUAUCUCCAUGAUGAAUGGCAUUGUGAAGGGGGAAGACAUCACAAUGCCCGACGUCAAUGGCACGCUCACCAAUGGAGCUGCCAAGCGCAAAGUCCGCGAGAGCCUUACAAGACCAUCUUAUGCUGAUGUCGAAAGCAGUGAUGAUGAUGUACCACUGAGCAAGAAAAGGAAGGUUUUAACCGCCAUUGAGUCUGAUUCUGACGACGCUCCCCUGGUCUCCAAAUCGAAGCCGAAUGGAAAGGCCAUCACCAAACCUCCGAGGGCCAGUGCUGCACAAAUUGGGGAGAGUUCGGACUCGGACAUUCCAUUGAAUCAAAAGCUCGUCAAGCAGAAACAAAGGAUUGAGAAAGCAGCUGAGAAGGAGGCAAAGCAAAUCAGAAAAGAUGAAAAGGCUGAGGCCAGCAGGCCAUCAAAGAAAGCCGCGCCAGCCAAAAAGAUCAAAAAGUCUGACUCGAGCGAAGACGAUAAGCCUCUUGCUAAGCGGGCCCCCGCUGCCAACUCGAGAAAAGUAAAAGUUGAUACUUCCACACCUGCGAAGAAAUCAAAGGCUGUCAAGAAAGAAGAAACCGUCGAUCCCGAGGAAGAUGAAGAGGAGGAGGAGGAGGUCAAAUGGUGGGAAGAUCCCACGAAAGGCGAUGGCACCAAUAAGUGGGAGACCCUCCAGCACAAUGGUGUCGUCUUCCCACCUCCUUAUGAACCACUACCUAAGCACGUCCGACUCAAGUAUGACGGCAUCCCCGUUAAACUACACCAAGAAGCAGAGGAAGUCGCCGGCUUUUUUGGUGGUAUGCUCAAUUCCACACACAACGUGGAAAAUCCUACUUUCCAGAAGAAUUUCUUCCAUGACUUCAAGGAGAUCCUGAAAAAAACCGGCGGUGCCACCGAUCGCAAUGGAGAAAAGGUUCAAAUCAAGGAAUUUUCCAAAUGUGAUUUUAGACCUAUCUUUGAAUACUACGACGCUCAAAGAGAAGCCAAGAAGGCCCUUCCCGCUGCUGAGAAGAAGGCCCUCAAAGCUGAGAAGGACAAGGCAGAAGCCCCUUAUAUGUUUUGCAUUUGGGAUGGCAAAAAGCAGAAGGUUGGAAACUUCCGGGUUGAACCUCCGGGCUUGUUCCGCGGUCGUGGUGAACACCCUAAAACUGGCCAUGUGAAAACAAGAGUUCAACCAGAGCAAAUUACCAUCAAUAUUGGCAAAGAAGCUACUGUCCCAGUUCCUCCAGAAGGUCACAGGUGGAAGGAGAUCAAGCACGACAAACAGGGAACUUGGUUGGCCAUGUGGCAAGAAAACAUCAAUGGCAAUUACAAGUAUGUCAUGCUCGCAGCCAAUUCUGACAUCAAAGGUCAGAGCGACUACAAGAAAUUUGAGAAAGCCCGUGAACUCAAAAAACACAUUGAUCGCAUCCGAAAGGAUUACAAGAAGGAUCUCAAGUCAGAAUUGAUGGCUGAUCGACAGAAAGCCACUGCCAUGUAUCUGAUUGAUCAAUUCGCUCUCCGUGCUGGCAAUGAGAAGGGUGAUGAUGAAGCAGACACCGUGGGUUGUUGUUCGCUGAAAUACGAGCACAUCACGUUGCGAGCGCCUGCUACAGUCAUAUUUGACUUCCUGGGGAAGGACAGUAUUCGGUUUCAUGAAGAAUUCGAGGUUGAUCCUCAAGUCUUCAAGAACCUCAAGAUCUUCAAGAAAGCGCCGAAGGGUGAGGGUGACGACAUCUUCGACCGACUCACGACCACUCAACUAAACACUCAUCUGAAGAAUUAUAUGGUGGGACUUACCGCUAAGGUGUUCCGUACUUACAACGCUUCAUUUACCAUGUCUCGACUCUUGACCGAGAUGAAGUCUGAAGGCACCAUUCCUGAAAAGAUCAAAGAUUACAAUGACGCCAAUCGCAAGGUCGCUAUUCUCUGUAAUCACAAACGAACUGUCGCUGCAGGCCAUGCAGGACAAAUGGAGAAGCUCGGAGAUAGGUUGAAGGGUCUCAAAUAUCAACAAUGGCGUCUCAAGCAAAUGAUGAUCGACGUCGACCCCAAGAUCAAAAAGAAGAAGGGUGCGGAAUACUUUGCACUUCCCGAUGACAUUGACGAGGAUUGGAUUCUGGAGCACCAAGCCUAUUUGGUCGAGGAACAGAAAACCAAAAUUACAAAGAAGUUCGAAAAGGAGAAUGAAAAGCUGAAAGCGGAAGGCGAUAAGGAGAUGAAGCAUAAAGAGUUGGAAGAACGCCUCGAUGCAGCCCGAGACCUUGAGAAGAGGUUCAAGAAAGAGAACAAGACCAAGAAAAUUGAAGCCGAAGGGAAGUCCCCUUCGAUCGAGAAGCUCGACGAAAAUGUCAAGAAACUCGAUGCCAGAAUUGCUACCAUGUCCGUGCAAGCCGAAGACAAGGAAAACAAUAAAGAGGUGGCUUUGGGUACUUCCAAGAUUAACUACAUUGAUCCACGUCUGACAGUGGUAUUUUCGAAGAAGUUCAAUGUCCCCAUUGAGCGGUUCUUUUCUAAGACACUGCGUGAAAAGUUCGAAUGGGCAAUCCAAUCCGUCGACGAGAAUUGGACUUUCUAA